AUGGCGGCUGCAUCGUUAGAUUCGGAAGCUUCCUUCCAGGAGAGAGCGCUGAAGAUCGGGGUGUCCACAUCAGUGCUCCGAGAAUUGACUGAUGCGGGGUACACGACUUUUGGGAAGCUGUGCUUUGCUGUGUCGGCCAAUCCGACGCAGAUGGAUGAUGGAGCAGUUGACACGUGGAUCCGAAGCGUCUUGUCUGAGGCACCGACUCCGUAUCAGACUUCAUGUCUUAGACGACUUCUCUUCGAGGCCAAUUCACUUAACAUAGCAGAUCUUCAUGCCCGAGUUGAACCCCCUUCUGACAAUGUGGUACGCCGGUUACCUGCAGCCGAGCGUGCAGCCAGGUCCCAGGCUCAACAGGCCAGGCUUACGGGGGUGGUUUUCACUCCGGACACCACUCCGGCUAAUGGGUUGGUUGAUCUUUUUGUGGGUCAGUUGGAGACGGAGAUCUUGCAAUACGUUGGACCUGAGAGAUGUGUUUCGAGAGCCCAGGAGAUGAUGUCGGUGAAGGUCGAUAAGACCAUUAACAUUGACCAAGAAGGCCGCAUGCGAGUAGCAUCAAAGCCUGCUGAGCUCAGGUGUGAAACCAGCUCCGAUGCCAAAUUAAGGUCUGCGUGGAACCGCCGAUCGCUUGCUAUGGACUUGGCAGGCCUGUGCUCUUACAUUCAGGUAGAAAAGUGGGUGCAGCACCUCUUUUCUCUGCAGGCCCGAGAGGAAAAGGCAAGAAGGGCAAAGAUGGGAAAGGAAAGAACGGUAAAGGCGAUGGCCAGCCUUCGAAACCUGAUAUUCCGGAGGGAUGCGUAUCUCGUACAGCUGAAAACAAGCCCAUAUGUUACGGGUACAAUCGCGGCACAUGUCGUUGGAAAGGAAAGUCAGGCCGAUGCCAGCGCGGGAUGCACAUUUGCUGGAAGGAAGGUUGUGGAAGGGCCAAGCCCUUCUACGAAUGCACCCAUAGUGGUUGAAUGCCGCGGCGAUGCUUCCACUGCCACCGUUGGUGGCACCCAGGAGGCUGCAGGUGCCAAUGAGUUGGCUAAAGAUUUCUUGUCACGAGGCCGGGUUACGCGCCAUCAGUUGACCAAGGUUUUUGCAGCUUUGCCAAAUUCCCAAGGCAGAAGGCAAGGUGAUCAAUUUUCCAAGUCAUUCGUGUGUGGAGCUUACGUUUUCUCUGGAAUUUCGGGUGUGUGUGGAACCACCCGCGACUUUGCAGAUUGCGUGCGAGCUUUCACUUCUUUCAUUCAUGAAUCUGUGCCGGACCACACUUACACUUCCAUUGCUCUGUUCUCUCAGGUCGAAGCCCCGGUGCACCAGGACUCCCACAAUCUUGCAGGAAGCCUCAACGCCAUUUUCGCGUUGUCUUCUUUCACAGGUGGAGGCAUCGUUGUGGAGGACCAUGAGGGUCCCGAGAGGGCAUCUUUCAGGGGGAAAAUUGUACAUGGCCGUGUUGUUCCCUUUGUUGAGAAUGUCAUCCUUUUCGAUGCUCAGUCCCAGAAACAUUGGACCCAACCAUGGACCGGAUCCCGACAGGUCAUGGUCGCCUACAGCGUGCCCAUGAAGGGCCUCUCUAAGGAGGAUGGGGUCUUCGCGGGCUCUGCCUCGUUAUCCAAAGCUUGGCAUCGCGCUGGCUUCCAGGUGCUCAGCUUCGACUGGAAGGUCCGAAACGUUCAGGCUACGGGGAUUCGAAUCUUUUGGGAUCUUCUUUUCAAGGUUAAGCCUGUGGCCGUUCACUUCGGAUUGCCCUGUGAUACUGCAUCUCGUGCUCGAGAGCGAGGAUUGCCGGGCAUAUCUGAGACCUCCCCCGAAGGUUUACGGCUUCAACAGGCCAACAAACUUUACGAGUUCACUCUGGAUGCUAGCCGUUCUUACAACAAGUUGCAGGUCACGGUGGAAGCCAUUGACUUCUUGAUGACAUCUCGUCCUGAACAGGCUGAGCUCCAUGCUAGGAUGAGUCCAUCGGUGGCAAAGGUGAUGAAAGACAAGAAGAUUGUGGCCCUCAAAACUUUGCUUUCGCAGGAGGGCUACGACGAUCUUGAAGCCGUGAACUUCUUGAGCGAAGGGGUAAAGGUGUUGGGAUCCGAAUUCCAUCCAGAAUGCUUUGAGAAGAAGGUCAAACCAGCUUCCUUGACUGAACAAGACCUCAGAGACACAGCCCAGGCCCGUCGUGAGGCCAUCGUAGGUUCGAAGCAGCGUCCAAUCGAUGACGCGUGCCAGUCUCAGACCAAUGCAGCUUACAGCACCACCAUUCGCCUCGAGCUUCACAAUGCUGACUACAUUGCGAGUGGCUUGGUGACCCUUCGCAACAAACCUGGCCGCGCAGAGAAGAUCUUGGAAGCUUUUGAGGAGGUAGACGCCCCGGAAGCCAUAACGAGACAUCAGAUUCAAGUCUUGCAUGGUUUGCUGAAUUUCGCUGCGGGAUUUUUAGCAGGGCGAUCGUUGAAGCACGUGUGCUACGAUCUCCUUGAACUUCUUGAAUGGAGAGGGACUUUGGCUUUCGCAAAGCUGAAGGAGCUGGCAAGACGAACUCGUGAGAUCCUUGAAGGGUCCCCUCCACGACUUCUGUCAUGCUUGUUCGCCCCCGAUCCCAUUUUGAUCUGGACUGACGGGUCAUGGGAGAGUGGCGUCGCUGGUAUCGGUGCUUGUGUGUGGGACCCUCUGUCUUCAGCGGGACGAGUCUUUGCAGGCGAAGCUCCGUCUUGGGCUCUCGACGCUUGGAGGGCUGACUUCGACACCGACCAGGAACCUCAGCUAAUCUGUCACAUUGAACUCUUUGUGAUGGUGACGAUCAGAUGGAUGCUCGCCGAGCGUCUGUUGAACAGGCGGGUUAUCCUGUUUGUCGACAACGAGUCGGCACGGUUUGCAAUCUUGAAGGGAGGCAGCCACAGCCGAGGUAUGAGUGAUUUGGUGAGGGCGUUUGAUCGCCCAGAUCUCAAACACCCGAUGCUCUAUUGGGUGGAUAGAGUACCGUCGUACAGCAACGUGGCAGACGGACCUUCGCGCAAAGACUGUCGGUGCGCUCUUAGUCUUAUGCGCACCACUGUGGUUGAGGAGUUCUUCUGGACGGAGCCUCUCAGAGCUUUGAUUUCGGCAGACUUGGCAAGGCGCAAAAG